AUGGCAACUUUCACGUGUAGGGUAUAUUUUCUGGAUGACAGAGAUCCAUUCUCAUGUAAUUCUUUGUCAUUGCUCGAACCAAUAAAACCUGUCUCCUUCACAUUUCUGAUGGAGCUUCCACUAAGCAGUCAGUUACCAGCAAUUCACAAAAUUCUACGACCCCCACAUCGACUCGAGGAUAGUGCACUGCAGCUGUAUAAGUUCGGACAGGCGCAAUCAGAAUUUGGGUCUUAUUUGGAUCUUGAUUCAACAUUACAAGAACAGUGGGAAGACUUGGAAAUAUCUGCUGACCAGGAAAACAGUGUUGUGCUGAGAACAAAGCUUGUUGUCCGCGUCAAAGCAAUUAUCGAAAAAUUAUUGGAUUCUAAUGGUCGAGAGUUGAAACGUUCACUGUUCUCAUUGAAACAAAUAUUUCAGGAUGAUAAAGAUCUUGUACACGAAUUUGUUACUCACUCCGGUUUAGAUUGUUUAGUUAAUGUUGGCUCAAGAUCAGACCAAAAUAUCCAGAAUUAUAUUCUUCGAGCAUUGGGACAGAUUAUGCUGUAUGUUGAUGGAAUGGCUGGAGUUAUUGAACACCCGAAUAUUCUCCGAUGGUUGUAUUCUCUGUUAACAUCAAAGUUUCGAUUAGUAAUGAAAACAGCGUUAAAACUACAGUUAUUAUUUGUCGACUACGCUGAGAUGAAUGCAAUAAUUUUUGUAAAAUCUGUAGAAGCUUACAUACAAAUACUCGAUACAUUUUAUGAUGUAACAGAUUGUUUGGAGGAAAUGGGAAUGCAAAAGAUUGUUCAAUGUCAUUUAGCCAGGAAAAACUGUGAUGCUGAAUUAGCCGAACAAUUAAAUCUUUAUGAAGCAAGUCUACGUUAUGAGGAUGGUGAGGAUUUCGAUGAAUUGCCUCUGCCAGCUAGUGGUCGAGAUAGUUUGCGUCAAGGCAGGAGAAUGAGCCGAGUACAGUAUCUCAAGACGCCAGAAGGUGAAGCAUUAUUGUCCUCUAUGCAUGUACUACCCACUAGUCAAUCAAUGGCAAGUGAUAUGGAUGGAAUGCUUGGUCGUAAAUCGAAGCGUUAUCAAUCAGUAGAAAAUCUUCAGCAUAGUGGAAUACCAAAAAAAUUAUCUCAUGCAAGCUUCCAUCCAUCUACAAAACAUAAUGAACAGAAAGCAGUUGGCUCUUUCUUAUCAAAGGAAAAUAAGCACGAUGACAACAGGCGAAAGUCUGAAAUGAAUGGUCAUAUUAAUGAGUGUGAUGAUAAUAGUCAAUUAAAUCACGAGCAUCCCGGCGGCUACAACGAAAAUGGAAACGUGAACUAUAAAUCGUCUUCCCGUUUCCAUCAUCACAGCUACCAAAAACAGCAUAGUGAUAACCUCUUAGUCAAUGGUCAAAUAGAUAAAACAAAUGGUACUGAUGUCUAUCGAAUUCAAACUUUCCCUAGACAUCCUUCGAGACGUGUUACCCUUUUGUACGAUGAACAGCUGACAAUUAAUGAAGUCGAUGUAAAUGAUCAAAUUAAAUUGCCAUGCAGAAACGAGAGAGUCUAUGAAGAACAUGUAACUGAGAAUAACUUAGGACAGUGUAACAGAGACGCAAAUGCUUGUGAACAUAAGAAACUGCUCCCGACUACCUUUACUGUCACUGAACCAGUUGAAGAAGUAACACCGAUUGAAAAUCAUCCAAUUCCAAGUCAUGACUGCACACAUAAUGAAAGUGUUACCUGCUUUUGUGGUAAUGAAGAAGAAUCUAUAGAAUCAGAUCAGAAAUAUAAGUUAGACAUGGAAACUCAGUUGGAUUCAAGUAUUGAUAUAACUACGGAGACGUCACAAAAACCGUAUGAUAUCUCAAAUGAAAAUGGUCACAUAGUAGAAGAAAACGAAGCAAGCGAAGAAGAAACGAAUUUCAGUGACUGUGACAUCGUAAAAAUUGAACCUGUGGAUGAUCUUAAAGGCAAAGUGAUCAUUGUUCCCGAAGGCCCAAUUGCUGGAUCAUUGAAGAAUAAAAUUGAAGCAUUAAGUCGAGCCUCUCAAAAACAAUCUGAACCAGUUUCUUCCCCUACUCCUGCUCCACCGGUUUCAUCAACAAUUCAAGCCUUAAAAGAAAAGCAUUCAUCUUUUGAAAAGGUAGAAGAAUCUCCGAAGCCUCCACCACCACGUGAACGAACGGGUAAAAUUCUGUCGGUUAAGGAUCGUUUUGAAUCAGGUAUAGCAUCAAAGCCACCAAGCGCUCCUGGCCUUUCGUGUGUGUCAAUUGAUUCUUGGUUAGUUCUAAGAUGUAUACAAGUUAACAAUCUCUAUGACUUAAUAUACUGUUUCAGUGUAAACAUGAGAAGAAAAAAACAAGAAAAUUGUGUAGCUUCUGACUUCUUAAAACCAUUAUUACCUGUUGUGUAG